UGCCCUCAUCACGUGUAGAAUUGCUCAUGCACGAGUUGCUAGUAGAUCGAACUGGUAGAUGGACUUCCAUUCAUAGUAUGCUUCAUUUUUAUUUUUUGAUAAGAUUCUUUUUUCAAUUAUACCUAGAGGCCAAUAUGAAUCCAAAACCAAGAUUCCGGAGAUUCCAAUACAACUUGAACCUCUGUGCUAAGUCAAACGGUGAGUUUUUCAGAGGAAGAUCCAAUAAAUAAAGAUGCACAGUCAAUAAGUGCGUCGAUUGUUUACUUUAUCUGACAUGAUUGGGUGAAGUGAAGCACACCCACUGGAUUUCUCAGAUUUCUUAUUCCAAUCCAAAGCAAACUCUCAAAUACAGCUCAGCUGUUGACAUUAAAUUUUCAAGAUUUCACGUUGCUGAUUAAAUAAUAGAGAAAAAAUGAAUUUUUAAUCAUAGAGUAAGAAGAAAAGCCCUCAAAUCCAGUGCCCAGGAGUGAGGACAUCAGUUCAAUUGGAGUAGCUGGAUCAGUUGAUUGUAUGAGCAAAGAUGUAUGUGGUGGAGGACAAGGGAGAGGCAAUAGCAUUCAUGCUGGCUGCCCUCUUCUUCUUGGGUACAUGGCCUGCUGUCAUGACUCUUCUGGAGAGACGAGGUCGUCUUCCCCAGCAUACCUAUCUUGAUUAUUCAAUCACCAAUCUGCUUGCAGCUGUUAUCAUUGCCUUAACAUUUGGCCAGAUUGGCAGCAGUACUCAUGACAUGCCCAAUUUCUUCACUCAGCUCAGCCAGAAUAAUGGUCCUUCUAUAGGGUUUGCAAUGAUUGGUGGAUUAGUAUUGAGCCUUGGAAAUUUGGCUACACAAUACGCUUGGGCAUUUGUUGGUCUUUCUGUGACAGAGGUGGUCUCUUCAAGCAUAACCGUAGUAGUUGGUACGACAAUGAAUUAUUUUUUAGAUGACCGUAUCAACAGAGCUGAUAUUCUCUUCUCUGGAGUAGGAUGCUUCCUAAUUGCAGUUUGCUUAGGCUCUGCUGUUCAUGCCUCAAAUGCAGCUGAUAAUGAAAAAAAGCUAGAUGCCUCAUCUAUUGUGUCCCUCGAGAGGAUGAAGUAUACGGGAACAGAAGAAACCCAAUAUGGGAAUCUGAGGGAUCAACGUAAUGAUAGCAUGGUUGACGAGGAGAUAGGGAGAAAUGUCCAUCAAGACAAUUCAGUCAAGUCGAACAAUGCCAAAGCCGGAAGUGCAGAUUUCCUGAAAGAAGUUGAGAAGAGAAGAUCCAUCAAGGUCAUGGGCGCAAAUGCAUAUUUUGGGCUUGGGAUUGUGUUCUUUUCAGGCAUUUGCUUCUCUCUUUUUUCACCUGCAUUCAACUUGGCAACAAAUGACCAGUGGCACACAUUGAAAUCUGGAGUACCUCACUUGGUUGUUUAUACAGCGUUCUUCUAUUUUUCAAUCUCUUGCUUUGUAAUUGCAAUCAUUCUAAACAUCAUAUUCCUUUAUCGACCGAUACUAGGAUUACCCAAAUCCUCCUUCACUGCCUAUUUAUCAGAUUGGCAAGGUCGUCAUUGGGCUCUACUAGCAGGUUUUUUAUGUGGGUUUGGCAACGGUUUUCAGUUCAUGGGGGGUCAAGCAGCAGGAUAUGCGGCUGCAGAUUCUGUCCAGGCAUUACCCCUUGUGAGCACAUUUUGGGGUAUUUUACUUUUUGGAGAAUAUCGCCGUUCAUCCAGAAAAACAUAUUCGUUGCUGGGCGGCAUGUUAUUUAUGUUUGUUGUAGCUGUGGGCGUCCUUAUGGCCUCCUCUGGAAAAAGAAAAACCAGUUGAAUCCAAACAAUGGAUGGGACAUUUUCAGUCUUAUGAAUAUGCUCAAUGUAUUUCAGAUAAUAUAAUUUCAAACUUAAGAGGUGUUCAUAAGAAAAACACUAUACAAAAUAGUGCCUGAAAAUUGCCCAUAAUAAUGCUGUACAACUACAAUAUUUUUUCUGUUGUAAAAUUGAAAUCAAUUCUCAGUUCUACAAGGGGAGUUACCCAUUUCGCUGAA